CCACCCCUUGCAUAGAGAGAGCAGUAUAAUCGCAGUGGGGCAUAUUUGGGAGAUAGCGUGAGCGUUAAGCGCAGGACGGGAAGUGUGGAGGCGGUGAUCGUCAGAUGGAUCCAGACGCUUUGGCCAAGGCAUUCGUGGAGCACUACUACUCCACCUUCGACACCAACCGUGCCGGCCUCGCCAAUCUCUAUCAGGAUGGCUCUAUGUUGACCUUCGAAGGCCAGAAGAUCCAAGGCUCUCAGAACAUCGUUGCCAAGCUCACUAGUCUCCCCUUCCAGCAGUGCCAGCACAGCAUCACCACCGUCGAUUGCCAGCCCUCCGGCGUCAACGGCGGCAUGCUUGUCUUCGUCAGCGGUAACCUCCAGCUUGCCGGUGAACAGCACGCCCUUAAGUUCAGCCAGAUGUUCCAUUUGAUACCAACCCCACAGGGAAGCUACUAUGUGUUGAAUGACGUAUUCCGUUUGAAUUACGCAUGAAGGUAGACUGUGCGAUGUGACCUGAAAGGCCAUUGAAGAAGUUUGCCUGAUAGGCUUCACUUUGGAGCUUGGGCACUUGAAAUCGAAAUGGGUCCUUUUUUUGGUUGUUUGUGUUGAACGCUUGUGUUCUAUUUAGAUAUUUCUGUUUGAUUUGUUAAAAUAUUUUUAAGGAUAAAUUGUUCUAGAUACUUGGUACCUGAUAUUUUUAUCUUUUAUCUCCUUGUCUCAUAUAUGAGAUCCGGACCCAAAGUAUUGGAAUAUUCUGCCUCUACCAAAUUGGUUUAUAAUUAUAUAUGGUGUUAUUGAUGUUUUCAUUCUGCUUGAUUGCUA